UGGGCAGAGGAUAGAGGAGCAAAUGCAUUGCGGAGGGAGAGGAGGAGGAGGGCCUACAGCUAUUGUUCAUGUCCUCCCGUGAACAAAGGGCUCAUCUGGGUCCGUAUGUAAACCCACAGCAGGCUUCAGCCCACUGACAAGGCCUCAUGCGGGACAAAACAUAACCGACCGACUCCCGCAAUUUAGGCUUUAUUCCGUUUCAGUCUCGCGGUUAGAGGAGAUUUUUUCAUCGAUCCUGUUCAGGGGGACGUAUUGUGUUGGUACGUUGCGUCCAGCCAACCGCCGUCCAGCGGGCCUAUCCGUUUUUACGCACGGAGCGUACACACGGUCUAUCAUCACGGAUCUGUAAACAUCAAUUUUCUGAUUGGACUUCUUUGCAGGCUGUUCUUCCAAGUCCUUCAAACUGUACUCCCCGAAGGAGCCCCCCAACGGUAGCACUUUCCCCCCCUUCCACCCCGGCACCAUGCUGGACAGAGACGUGGGUCCCACCCCGAUGUAUCCUCCCACAUACCUUGAGCCCGGAAUAGGGCGGCACACACCAUAUGGCAACCAGACAGACUACAGAAUAUUUGAACUCAACAAACGGCUACAGAAUUGGACAGAGGAGUGCGAUAACCUAUGGUGGGAUGCAUUUACUACAGAGUUCUUUGAAGACGACGCCAUGUUGACGAUUACUUUCUGUCUGGAGGAUGGACCCAAACGUUACACAAUUGGCCGGACGUUGAUCCCGAGGUACUUCCGGAGUAUAUUCGAGGGCGGUGCCACUGAGCUCUACUAUGUGCUGAAACAUCCCAAGGAGUCCUUCCACAAUAACUUUGUCUCCCUUGACUGUGAUCAGUGCACCAUGGUCACCCAGAAUGGAAAGCCCAUGUUUACACAGGUGUGUGUAGAAGGACGCUUGUACCUGGAGUUCAUGUUUGACGACAUGAUGAGGAUAAAGACGUGGCACUUCAGCAUCAGACAACACCGUGAACUCAUCCCCCGCAGUAUACUGGCCAUGCAUGCCCAGGACCCACAGAUGCUGGACCAGCUGUCCAAAAACAUAACAAGAUGUGGCCUGUCGAACUCCACUCUCAACUACCUCCGACUGUGUGUAAUUCUGGAGCCCAUGCAGGAGCUGAUGUCCAGACACAAGACGUACAGCCUCAGCCCCAGAGACUGCCUCAAGACCUGCCUCUUCCAGAAAUGGCAGAGGAUGGUGGCACCGCCAGCUGAGCCAUCAAGACAGGCGCCGAACAAACGGCGGAAGCGUAAGAUGUCAGGUGGAAGCACCAUCAGCGGAGGAGGAACUAAUAAUAACAACAACAACAAAAAGAAAAGCCCUGGCAGUGGCUUCCCUCUGUCCAGCCAAGUUCCAGAUGUGAUGGUGGUGGGAGAGCCCACGCUGAUGGGAGGGGAGUUUGGCGACGAGGACGAGCGCCUGAUCACGCGGCUGGAGAACACGCAGUUUGACGCGGCCAACGGCAUCGACGACGAGGACAGCUUCAACAACUCCCCGGCGCUGGGCUCCAACUCGCCCUGGAACAACAAGGCCCCCUCCAGCCAGGAGAGCAAGAGCGACAACCCCACCUCACAGGCAUCGCAGUAGAGCCCCGCCACCUCCUCACAAACCCCCUCUCUGCCACUCCUCAGACCCCCCAUCCCUACCCCGACAGCCACGAGUGCAACAGCAGCAACCCAGACAUCACUGUAGAGCUCAGAGUCAUCACACACACGGGCCCGAGGGGGCUUGGCAUGUCUCAGGCAACGUCACUGAGCCAAUGCUGUGACUCCCCCAUAUUUAACCACUGUGUCUCCCCUCUUUCUCCCUUUUCCUUGUCGCAAAUGUCCCGUCAAAGAUCGGGUGGAUGUGACCGAGGAGGCGCAAGGGAUUUAAUCCAGGGGAGAACUGUGCACACUAAACCAUCCGUACUGAAUAAACAUGUAGGGCCCGGGGUGGAGGGGAUGGUGUCAGCGAGGCCACAACUUGGUGGCGAGUUGCUCUCAAUUCUGGUCUGCUCCGUCGACGCACAAGCCACUGGUAACGUUUGUUAAUAGAGUAUGUGUGUGUGUGAGAGUGUGAAGUGUGUGAGGAGCGAGUAAGGGGCUUACUUGUGGCUUUGCUGAAACAGACAGCCCAGAAUUCAGAGUCCGUCUAUAAAACCAUUGAAAUCCACACACUUGUAGGACAGCUGAAAUGUGGCACUAGGGAAAUGUCAUACACACACACACGAACAUAAUUGAAGGAGUCCCCUAGUACCAGAGCCAUCUCUGAUUAGACUACCAUGGAUGCAGUCUUUCAAACGAAGAGCAUUAACAACACACACACACACACACACACACAGUUACACAUUUUAAGAGUUUUUAUACAGUAUAUAUUUCCCUAGAAUGUUUUUUAAUUUGUAUUAAACGCCUUCAUUUCAAUUGUUGUUUUUUUAUUUUCUACCAAUACUGAAAAGCUACAGACCAAGGAGCAACACAGGACUUUUAUCCCUCCCCCUCUAAAGUAUAUUGUUUUUAUCUUUUAUGUUUAUAAAAGAGAAAUAAUUUAGUGUGGAUGUUUUUAUUUUGUCUUUUCGUUCCUUUUUUUUGGAGAUUUAAAUUUGUGUAUUUGUGCUUGUAUAUUUAAGGUAGUAGCAAAGUUCUGUCUGACUGUAAUAAAAUGUAUUCUUACUUAGAUUUACCUAAAGCCAUCCCGAUCUAAUGUAAAGAAACAAAAAUAGGAAAAAGGAGAAAAAACACUCAUGAACCUGUCCCCUUCCCACAUGCUCUUUCCCCCUCCCUCUUUUUUAAGAACUUGUGUAAAUUAAAUUACAAAACCUCCGGGGGGUACAACGGCACCAUAGCGUGAUGAUUUUACAGUUUUCAGUUUUUCUUUCUUAAUUUAUUUUUGGGACAUUUUUGAAAUUGACACAUAUUUCAUCUAUACAGGAAGUGAUUUUCCACUUGGCAUCUAUCACAAUUUUGUGUACUGCAACUUUCAACUUGAUGUCAAGUGAAUGUGCUCACACAAUGUUUGUUAACCGGUGAAUUUCAUCUUUCCUCACUGGCUAAAGCUGAUUUAAAAAAAAAAAUGAAGUUUCUGUCCAAAUCGCCUUCAUUUGUGCAGUGUCUUUCACAACCACCCGAAUGAUACCAUCAACCACCCAGACAUCUUCUAAAGCCAGCUUAACAUUAAGUUCAGUCGUCCUAUUGGGUAGCAAUGCGGAGUUUGUAAAGUCUGAUUUAAAAACAGCUGAAGCUCUUUUUGUUUUGUACAUUUCCAUUUCCUUACAGUUGAUUCCAGCCACAGUUAUGACUGAGUUUGAAUGGUGACUUGUACCUUUUUUUUCAAUCCCUGUAGAAAAAAAAUCAUUGUUUGAUAUAUAUUUUUUGAUUUGGUUAGUUUCUGCCCUUGAUAAUUAAUGUAUGGUACCAAUAAAAAGAUACAUUUUCACUUUAAAA